AGUAGUUGAAGCGUUGUAGGAAAUAUUACGUGGUGUUUGUUCCUCGUAGUCUAAAGUCCAAACAUUUUAUUUUAAAACUAAGAAGAUGAAUUGUUUUCCCGACAAAUUUUCAGGGUUGGAAAGAACGGCAGUUUCUAAUGCCGAAGAUUUAUUAUUCUGGCCAAAGUAAUUAAGUGCCGAAGUUUUGUCAACGUGUGAGAAAAAGUUUCAUUUAUUUCAGUAAAUGGCUCACGGAGACAUGUUAAUCUGGAUAAUGGUGCAAUAUUCGCUGAAGAAAUAACGCCUUGCGCUUGACAGAAAUAUAAUGAAUAUAUGAAUUAUGUGCAGUUUACAACGCCGCUUGUGAAGUCGACGGUCAGUAACACUCAUUUAACAGUUUACUAACUUUAUAAACGAUGUUUUUCUCAUGUUGCUGUACGUCCAAGAUGCUGGUAAUCGCGACAGUGAAAGUUAAUCAGAUCAUGGUAAUACAUAGUAAUUAAUAGGAGUGAAAAGAAAAUGAGUGAGGCAUAUAUAUAAGUCAAGGGUUCAUCAUGACUCCUUCAGUACACACACGGCCGCCAUGACGGGGACGCAAGGCAUCAACAUGACGCCGUGGGUGGUCGAACGUGAGGCAACACAGACGAAAUACUCCUCAUUUGCAUCAAAUUUAAAUACGAAAAAGAAAAAAAUGGUAAGAGCACUAAACAAAUUAUGUGGUGAUAAUAUAUGUGUACGAGAAAAUUGUAGAAAAUCUCUUGUGAGGAAGAAACGUGAACUUUUUCUCCUUACGUCAUGUAUCCGGGGAGACAUUGUUCACGUGAACGGAGACUAUCAUCACCUCGUAUAAGAAUGUCCUGACGCAGUGGGAGGCAUCAAUGAGGAGUAAAGUGAGCAAGAUCAGUAUACUGACCAAUGCGAAUAGCAGCCUGGUCCAGCCACUGCCUCACUCUGCCCCGCUACCAGGCAUCAGUCUUGGCCAUGGCGGACGGCUGGAGCCUUUGGGCAGGGGGCCUAGCAGCCUCAAGUCCCUGGCCUGGGAUCCCAACCUACUCAACCACCCGGCCAGGGAACCUAUCCUCUUACCUAUCCAGCGGAUAGUGCCGGUCAGUCGGCCGGAGGGCCAGCGGACUGUCAGCGCUCCAGCAUCAACACUCGGCCCUUCCCUCGCUGCAGCUGCUGUCAACCGGCAACAACAUCAACCACAAUCCCAUCCCCAGCCCCACCAGCACUCAUACUCUCAACCUACCCAUUCUCAAAGUGUACCUGCAGCCACAUCAACUAGCACCUCCAUGACCACAGCCACUACCAAGCCACACACCCUCUCCAGAAGCAUGUCUCGGAAAGAGCAAGUCAAAGCGUAUAUGAAGAAGGAGACACGGGAGUUCUUUGGAUUAGAUGAUACUUCUGAGGCAAAUCAGCGGCAGCGAUGGCAGGAGAAACGGAAACGCCUGGCCAGUCGCAAGUAUGGCCAGCUCAAGGACCAGCCCAACACUACCCACCACACACAGUCUUUCACCAGUGACUUCCAUGCCUUACAAGAGCUUCAGGAGGGAUUGGGCGGUGGUCUACCGGACUCCAUAGAUGGAGCAUCAUUGCCGCAACCACCUCACCGAGGGAAGGACUCAGUUGCCAAGAUGACUUGGGAUGGCCUCUCAUUUGUAGUUUCUACGGUUGCAAAGCGGAGAGCCAAGAGUCAAAUAUCAGGCACUGCUGGCGGCCGGUCUAAAAGUCGCAGUUAUGCCCCAUCAUCCAUGUCUGUCGCGGAUGACGUGUUUGACGAGCCUGAUGUGUCACCCACCACAACUGCCACCACCACCACAACAACCACCGCGGCAACCAUGCGCCCCACCCCACCUGUGGAUCAUUAUACUAUGGAGUCGCUUUCAGAUGAAGUGUUCUUUGACAGCAAGGUAGCAGGGAGUCCUGAUGCUGUGACUGGCACUGCUAGUUAUGAUAGUAGUAAAGAAGUUGGAGGAGCAAGGUACCACCCCAGUGUUCAAGAGUGGCAAAGACCGGCCGUACAGGUGUCGGACUCGGUUGAUGCUAGCGGACGAUCGAGCGCUCACAUCGGUCGCUCGCGUAUCUGGAAUCGAAUUUUGGAUAGCUGUUUUGAUAACUCUGAUCGAAGACAAUAUGGCAGAGGAAUCAUGGGUAGAAUUUUUAGGCGAACAUUCAAGGAGAGUGUUAAGAAAGACAAAGAUGUAAAGAAACAACUAGAUGAGAUGAAUGAUUACCGGCCGUACUUCACCUGGUGGGUCACAACCGUACAAGUGUUCAUCCUCCUGCUUUCCAUCAUGUGUUAUGGUCUGGCUCCUCAGGGCUUCACUCUGAAGCAACAGUCAGGACAGGUCCUGAUGGCCAGCUUAUCAAUCCAAACUGUGGACUACUGGGAACCCUCAAAUUUCUGGAUAGGUCCUAGAGCGGCUGAUCUUAUACACUUAGGAGCCAAAUUUGCACCAUGUAUGAGGAAGGAUGAAAAAAUAUUCAGACAUGUAGAGGAACAACGGAGAGCGGAGAGAGAAACGGGGUGUUGCAUUCGAAAUGAUGACUCGGGUUGUGUUCAGUCGUCACGAAGAGAAUGUUCGGAAUGCAACUACCGCGUUUUAGAAAAACUGACUGUACCUGUAGUGAGUGAGGUGAACAUAGAAGAAGCAGCAGAGCAUACCAGGUUAUCUGUCUGGAAAAAAUGGAGUGAGUUGGCGAAGGGGCCAGAUGGACGCCUUUCUGGUUCUGUGUGUGGACAAGACCCAAAUUACUGCAAAGAACCAGCAUCUGUCCCCCCACAUGAAUGGCCCGAUGACAUCACUCGGUGGCCAAUUUGCCGGAAAAGAAUAGCAGCGGUUAAAAAGAUCCACGCUGCUGAGCACAUGGCGUGUGAAGUUAUUGGCCACCCCUGCUGUAUAGGCAUUCAUGGAGAGUGUCGAAUUACAACGCGGGAGUACUGUAAUUUUGUGCGCGGCUACUUCCAUGAAGAGGCUACGCUUUGCUCUCAGGUUUCCUGCUUGAACAACGUUUGUGGUAUGAUACCGUUUCACAACCCUGAUGUUCCAGACCAGUUUUAUAGAUUGUGGACAUCUUUAUUUAUUCAUGCAGGAGUUCUGCACCUGCUCAUCUCAGUAGUGCUUCAAUACUACCUUAUGCGAGAUGUUGAGAAGCUGGCUGGCCCUGUGCGAAUCGGAGUCAUCUACAUAGUUUCAGGCAUCGCAGGCAACCUGGCCUCUGCUAUUUUCGUCCCGUAUCGGGCAGAAGUCGGUCCCUCUGGCUCCCAGUUUGGACUGCUGGCAUGUGUGUUUGUGGAAUUCAUCAACUCUUGGCAGAUGAUGAGAAACCCGUGGAGGGUACUCGCUAAACUGGUGGUCAUGACAUUGACUUUCUUCUUGGUGGGGCUCUUACCCUGGGUGGACAACUACGCCCACAUAUUUGGCUUCAUCUUCGGGUUCCUGCUUUCUUAUGCACUGCUGCCGUUCGUGUCGUUUGGUCCAUACGACAAGCGGAGGAAGGUGUUGCUCAUCUGGGUGUGUCUGGUGGCCGUGGUGGUGAUGCUCACAGCGCUUAUAAUACUCUUCUACGUCACGCCCAUAUACGAGUGCAAGAUCUGCGAAUACCUAAACUGCAUCCCUUUAACGCGGGACUUUUGUGCAGAGCAGAACAUCAAUUUCAACAAGAAGUUGGAUAUUAUAUGAAAGGCUGAUGCUUGCUUGGGCGGCAUCUGCUGUCAGUCAACGGUCACCGACGUGCCAACAUUUCUAGUAAUAUAACCAGUGUAAUUAUUACCGUAUGUUAUACAAGUGAUCACUGCUGUUAUGGUCAUUUUCUAGUUUCAUACUCGGGGAAAUAUGGGAUAUACCAACGCCUAUUUUGGCCCGCAUGUUUUAAGGGCUAAACUAGCAUCAGUCAGAUGAACAAAUUGGUAUUAACAUGUUAUGAACAAGAAUUGCAUAUAUGUAACAAGUUAAUGGCAAAAGUUAAAUUUUUGUCUUUAUGCCAUCUGUAAAACUUUUGUAUUAAAAUGGUUUUCAUAUAAAAUUUAUCCUGGAUAAGAAUAUUUUCAAUUCACUUUAAAUUCCUUCAAGCUGGAUUAUCUUCCAUGGCUGAAUUUGUGAAAUAUUUUAUAUACUGUAUUCCAAAACAUUGGCAGAAUCCUGACCAUUCAGUUGCCUCCAGAUCAUCUAGCAGUCAUGAGAAAACUAAUCAAAUGCUGAGAUAUGUAGAGAGUGAUAAUCUCAUUACCUUCUAACACAGUCAUGAUUGCAUCAACAAAACUAUAACUACUGUAUAUCCUUGGACAUUAAACCUGAUAGAGCAAAAACAUAUAAACAUGUCUUGUUCAUAACUGGCAUUGAUACUGGUUUGUUGACAGCCUAUCUUGAUGUUGUGGCAUUACCUGUCACACUAGAACACAGAAUAGUGAGGAGAGAUGGGCAGUCGCACCAAGGACAAUGGGCCACAAUUCUGAAAUACCACACGAGACAUAGUAACGAGGAAAAGCCAGUGAGAGCGCUCAGCAAGUUUUUGAUGACACGUUAGAAUACAGAAAACACCGCUCAAUUACCUGAGGACAAAUCUCCAGUGGACUUCCAUAGUUGCGGCCCAACAGAUGAACUGGAGAGUGAAAGAUGCAACAAAAAAUCCUCUCAUUCUUUGUCUCAGAUCUGUUACUAUUAUUAUUAUGGUUAUGAUUGUAUGUGAAAAAUAAAAGUGUAGGUUAG